CGCGGUUGAUGAACAUAACUCAGCACAUGCUACGAAAAUACCUGGGCUGAUUUUCCUCAGCGGACAAACCCCGGUCGGCAGUGAUGGGAAGGUCGUCGAAGGUGGUAUCCAGGAGCACACGGCUCAAUGCAUUGCAAACCUCGGCAACGUGCUCAAGGCUGCAGGAUCGUCCUGGGAGAAGGUUGUCAAAGUCAACGUGUACCUGAAAAACAUGGACGAUUUUGUGGCGAUGAACGAGGUCUAUGAGAAGCUUCUGCCCAGUCCGAAGCCUGCACGCACCUGCAUCUCUGCGCUCCGGCUGCCGAACGAUGUCGAUGUUGAAAUUGAGGCCAUCGCGACUUCCUGAAGCAUUCGAACAACGGCGUGAAGCACGAAAAAAGUCCAUGGAUCUGAAUUGUACACAUUGCUGUAUCUACAAGGUUUCAAAGGCCUUUGCCAGGGCUUCAGCGGCGUCCGAGAUUAGUUGUCUCCCAAUUUGUAGGACACCAUCCAUAGCCAUGAUAGGAUGUGGACAGCCCUUGUAGAUCUUCAGUUCGACAGGGACACCAAAGCUUUUCAGCUUUUCCGCGUAUGCGAUACCUUCAUCCCUUAGAAUAUCCAACUCCGCAACGCAGAUCCACGUCGGCGGAGCGCCCCUGAAGGCUUCAUCCGGCCCAAAGAUAGGCGAGUUGUCCCACUUUGUCCAGUCCGCCUCGUCCGGAGAGUAGUUCUGCUUGUACCAUAGCAUCUUGGCAGGCGAGAGCGAGGGCGUUCUCGCGUUCUCAAUCCAGGAUGUGUACGGUACGCCCGAGGGCUGGGCCGUAUUGUCUACGACAGGCACGACGUGGAGCUGGAAGACGAGUGGAAUGGGCGGAUCUGCCAGAGCAGCUUUAUGAGAAACGAUGGCGGCAAGGUUGCCGCCGCUUGACGACCCACCCACAGCAAACUUGCUCAGGUUGCCGUUAAGUUCGCCCUUGCCGUGGUCUCGCACCCAGUACAAUGCUUCUUCCGCAUCUUGGACCGCCUUGGGGUAUUUAGCUUCGGGAGCGAGACGAUAGUCGACAGACACGACGACACAUUUCGCACGUUUGCACAUAUUCGUUGCAAACGCAUUCUCAGUGUUGAUAUUACCGAGAGUCCAUCCGCCUACCAAGCACGACUUAGCGAUCGAUCGAAGUACCCAAACUGAGGCGAACGUGCCUCCGUGGAAAUAGAGAAAGAUAGGCCAGCCUUCGGCUGGUUGCUGGCCCUCCGGCGCGAAAACUCGCACCUUGCAGUGGCUCAGAGAUAGGUCCCUGACCGAGCCAACUGGUAACGGCUCGGACCCACCCACCACAGGCGGGUUCUGGCGGCACGAAGGAUCCCACGGGGAUUUCAUGAACAGCAGGUACGAAGGCCGUGUUGGCGUUGUGGAACUCGACAUAUUCGGGUAGCAGCUUGGGAAGGACCUCGGGGUGGAUGGGCUGAUAGAUUGUCCUGGUGGGCUGGACUGUUGCCAUUGUGGAAGUGUCGGGCGGACGCGUAUGGGAGUCACGUUAUUGGUUGCUGUGUCUUAUAGAAGCGGGAGGGUGUGCUGCGUGGAUCGUGCGCGUGCUACCGAGAUGGUACGCGUGAAGACCGUGACUGACUAAGGUGAUAAGCCGCACCAUGGUCCGUGAGGGAGCUGUGAUCACCGGCCGAGGAGAUAUCACCGGACCGGACACCCGGCCAGUGACUCUGGAACCCGGGCGAGAGAUCGAUAGGCUUGUUAACCUCCACUUCGCCACUUUGAGCAGUACUGUGCUUACCGCAGACAUGCCUGUCUACAACGGCACCCUCCAAGGUCUCCCUCCGCAGACGAGGACGCCUCACCACCUGAUCGGCCUUCCUCAGAAGAGCGCACUUGUCGCCACUUUCAGAGGCCAGCCCCUCCAUGCUCUCAGAACGCCCGCAGUGGUCAUCGACCGCGCCGUCUACGCCAGUAAUUGUGCGAGGAUGCACGAUAAAGCAAAACAGUGGGGAGCAGCGUUUCGUGCCCAUGUUAAAACUCACAAGACGGCCGAGGGGACGACACUUCAGCUUAGUUCUUCCUCGGACAAGACGCAUGCAAUCGUCGUCUCAACACUAAUGGAAGCUUGCGAGGUCGUGAAGGCAGGGCUGGUGGCAGACGGGACCGUUACCGAUAUCCUCUACGGCCUUCCAUUACCUCCGAACAAGAUAGCCGACUUGUCGGCACUAUGGGACGAAAUUGCUCAAAACGGUGCAAUAAUACGCAUUAUGAUAGACCAUCCUGACCAAGUCAAACUUCUUGAACUCUUUGAGAGCCGACGAGAGAACCCCAGAACAUGGUCAGUCUUUGUCAAAGUCGAUGCUGGCGGAAAACGAGCAGGAUUGGUACCGACUUCAGCAGCCUUCGAGGAGCUCUUGAUCGCUCUCCUUAACUCACCUAUCAUCUCCAUCUACGGCUUUUACAGCCACGCUGGUCAAUCCUACGCUUCUACCUCCUUUACUACCGCCAGCACGUUUCUGUCCGCGGAAGUUGACGCGGUGAAUACAGCCGCAGGACUGGCACUGUCGAUGAUACCGGGAAUGCCGGGUGUUGAAUCGAGAAUCUCAGCUCCAUUCGUCCUCGCAGUUGGUUCGACGCCUACGGCCCAUACAGCAAGUGUCGAGACCAGAGACAGGUUGGCGUCAUCAUUGAACGGGACGCUUGAGUUGCAUGCUGGCAAUUACCCUCUUCUUGAUCUUCAGCAGCUGCACACAAAUCUCGUUGACCGGUCGCGUGUCGCCCAGAAAGUCCUGACGACGGUCAUCUCAUACUACCCGGGCAGAGGCGUCGGUGGCACAGAUGAGGCAAUGUGCGACGCGGGAGCGCUCGCGAUGAGCAAAGACACAGGCCCGAGCGGUACGUUCGGCGAAGUGCUAGGCAAAUCUUGGAAAUUGGGCCGCAUCUCGCAAGAGCAUGGCACGUUGACUAGGAGUCCUGAGGCGGGUCCACCAACAGGACGCGAUGCGUUAAAAGUCGGAGAGGUUGUUGAGAUUGUCGGGCAGCAUGCAUGUCUGACUCUGGCGGGGCAUCCGUGGUACUAUGUUGUAGACUCCAGCAUUAACGGGGGAGGCAAUGUUGUCGAGGACGUCUGGGUGCCAUGGAAGGGAUGGUAA